AUGACUUCCGCCGAGUGGAAGGAGCUGCAGAAGGGCAUGAAGGAGAAGUGGCCGCAGCCCAAAUACAUCACGGACAACCCUGAACCAGAGCGGUCGCACACGUCUUAUCGCGACGAGACCUACGAGCUCAUCACGCGGUGGAUGAGCGAGACCAAGAUCGAGUACCGCCCCCAUGCAAAGGCUCCUGGCACGAAGAGCCACGUCCGAUACGAGAAGUACGCGAUGGCGAAGACGGUCGGGGAGGCCCUCGAGCUGGGCAGCUGGCCGGCUGACUGGUGCUGGGACUACGAGCGGGGAUUCAUCAAGGUUUUGGGUCCAGUGCGCACUGAUCCCAUCGACCCGGUGAAUUGCUUUGACACGACGGCGCUGACCGACGUCGACAGGUGCAUCUACAGGUGGUCGGUGAAGGAGCUUGCCAAGAAGUGUGGACUGAGCCUCCAGGACCUUCGGGACAACACAAACACAGGUGAGAGCGCCAUCAUGCGAGCGCACCGGCUGGUGUCUCAGAGGACCGCGAAGGCGGCGCUGCUGGCGGCCAAGAAGGAUGGCCGCUGCAUCACGGACGGCGAGUUACUGAAGACUCUGCAGGAGUGGGGGUUCGCCCGCAACCCCAACCGCAACAAUGUCAUGCCCGACGGCCGCGACUGGGUGUGGAGCGAUACCCUUGGCCUCAUGCGGGACCGCACGGGCGACAUCCACCUCACGAAGGCCACGACGAACUACCCCGAGGUCACGGAGAUAAUCAACAAGUGGCUCACGGACAGGCUCCCUGCCGAGGCGAAGGGCUUCAAGUUCACCUCCCUGAACCUCAACAAGAACUACGCGGCCAGGAUGCAUCGGGACGGGAACAACUUUGGCCCGUCGAUGAUCGCCGCUUUCGGCGGCUUCCAGGGGGGGGAGCUGAACUACUGGUGCGAGGACAACAAGGAGGAAGGCCUCGACCAGCUCGAGGGCAGGCCCAAGGAGUCGCUCAAGCUCGGACAGGGGCUGGCCCUGUUCAACGGCAACAGCGCCCACUCGGUGGAGAAGUUCGAAGGCGAGCGAUACUCGGUGGUCUACUUCACGGCGGGCUGCCACGCGAAGGCACCCCCCGAGGAUCGGGGGAGUCCACCCUCCGGGAGCUCGGGAUGCCCUACCCCUCGCCAGACGAGGAGCAGUUCGCGCUCCUGCGGCGCCCGCGCGGAUAUUCCCAGCCGGGACGCGGCGCCCGAGCCGCCUGCCUUCCGCUACUGGCCGCGCGCCGCGCUGGGGCAGGAGAUGCCCCCGUCCAGCCGAAGAAGUUCACGGACGAGGAGCUGA